ACUUGUGGUAAUUAGACAAAGCUGCAAAGCUUAAACUUGUCAAAAAGCAUGUUGAUGUUUGUUUAUGCUUCUGAUUCAAAGCACAGUGUCGUGACCAUGAUAUUUCAAUAAGCAAAUAAUCAAACACUUGUCAGGCGUAGCAGUAGUAGUAUUGCAUAACCGCGAAAUGACUACCAUUUCAAACCUAACAAACUCUCUCCCACUCCAUAUCCGAAAGUUCAAGUUCCCACCUUCAUCUUCAUCUCAAUCUCAUCGUUUUCCUCUUUCCACUCUCUCAUGCUCCCUUCCCGAACCACAACCACAACCCCAACCCAGCAACACAACUUCAAAUUCCAAAACCCCCAAUCCCAAUUCCAAUUCCAAUGCCAAUGCCAAUUCCUAUUUCCCAAAGCGUGGCCAAACCAUCGAAUUGCUCUGCGAAUCCCUCGCCUACAAAGGCAAAGGACUCUGCAAAGUCACUGAAACCGGUUUCGUCGUCAUGUGCGACCGUGCACUUCCCGGCGAACGAUUCAUUGGUCGUGUCACUCGCAAAAAGGGAAAUUACGCUGAGGCUACUAAGCUUGAAACUUUAACUCCUCCCUUUGACAUUGUCGAUGCGCCUUGUGUUUAUGUUCCUCAUUGUGGUGGUUGCAAAACGCAGAAUUUGUCUUAUCAGGCUCAGAUUAAAGCUAAAGAGGAACAAGUUCGUGAUUUAAUCGUACAUGUUGGAAAGUUUUCUCACAAAGAUUUGGAAUUGCAUGGUAUUAUGAAGCCUAUUGUUCCUUGUGACAUUCAGUUUCAUUAUAGAAACAAGAUGGAAUUCUCAUUUGGUCCCCAUAAAUGGUUGCCUAAAGAGUUACUGCACGAAAGAAAUGUUGACGGCGGAAGUGAAAAUUAUGCAUUGGGAUUGCAUAUUCCUGGUUUUUUUGAUAAAAUUCUAAAUGUUGACAAGUGCUUACUGCAAACUGAUCCUGCUAACAAGGUUCUUGCAGCUAUCCAAGAAUGUUGGAGAGAUCCUCAACUCGGUUUCUCUCCCUACAAUGUUCAUUCACACUUAGGAUUUCUUAAGCAUUUGAUGCUGAGAAGUGGAAGAGAUGUAAUGACCGGUCUUCCUGAAAUAAUGGUCAACUUUGUGACCUCUUCCUACAAACCCGAGUUGCUGAAGGUCCUAGUUGAUAAAGUUUCUGCAUUUACCGAAGUGGUAAGCGUCAUGAAUAAUGUAAAUACUUCUGUUGGUAACACAUCUGUUGGGGAGGAGGAAUACACUUUGUACGGGAAAUCUAGCAUUACAGAGACUUUAAGAGGGCUUAAAUUCCAAAUAUCAGCAAACUCUUUCUUUCAAACAAAUACUCAUCAGGCAGAAGUUUUGUAUAAACUUAUAGAAGAAUGUUCCGGCAUUAGAGGAGAUGGCUCAGAAAUUGUCCUGGACCUGUUUUGUGGAACAGGCACUAUAGGUCUGACACUUGCAAGAAGUGUAAGGCAUGUUUAUGGCUACGAAGUAGUUCCUCAAGCCAUCUCAGAUGCCCGACUUAAUGCUGAGAUAAAUGGCAUACAAAAUGCAACCUUUGUUCAGGGUGAUCUUAAUAAAAUUGACGAGAAUUUCGGGAAGAACUUUCCUAAACCUGACAUUGUUAUUUCAGAUCCCAACCGCCCAGGAAUGCACAUGAAGUUGAUUAAAUUCCUGCUAAAUCUUAGGGCAUCUCGCAUAGUCUAUGUCUCGUGCAAUCCUGCCACAUGUGCACGUGACCUUGAUUAUCUCUGUCAUGGUGUGGCAGAGCUGAAUAUAAAAGGUUGUUACAAGCUAAUAAGCCUACAGCCAGUUGACAUGUUCCCACACACACCUCAUAUUGAGUGUGUUUGCCUUCUAGAGCUUUGCUGAUCAGUGAUCAUUUAAACCUUUCCAUUUCGAGGAGAUAACAAGCUUGGGUCUUCAAGUUGAUAAAUGGGAAGGCACACACUUUCAUGCUGCAAGAGCCUCCAAAGGUUGGAUUAGUUCUUAACCUCCAAAUGUGGAUUAUUAUUCCUUUUCAUGCGACCGGUCCAUCAUCAAGUAGCCCAUAUCCUAAAGUUGUCAGAUUGUUGCAUAAUUGAAGAAGAUUGAGGUGCAAUGCAAGUGCAUGUUUGGUCAUAUGAGUAAACAAUACUCUUUGUGAAUAUAUCAUAUAUAUUCAGUGUGAAGUAUCACUCAUAGUCUGUUCUUUACCUCUGUCUUUGUAAUGUUUCAAGACUAGGUUCUGCUGUCAUGCCGGGGUAAGAAAAUAAACAGUAUCAACAGGGGUAAGCUUUCAAUUCAUUUUUGAAUGUUGUAUUGAUAUCAUUAUUCAAAGGGGGUACUAACUCAAACUGAUAGCAGCCUUGAAUCUUGCCGAUAUAUCCCCUAACUUGUAAGCUAAACAAGACCUGUAUGAUUCACAAUACUCAACGUAUUUUUGAAUGUAUGUUAAUGAAGAAUAGAAAUCACUUUAAUCUGUCAAAGACUUGGGUCGGGCAGAUUUUUGUCUCUAUUUCAUAAACACUUUUGUACAAGUAAUAUGAUUGGAUAAUAGAAUGAUGGUUAUAGAUUGUGUUCGG